AUGGCUUUGUUCCAUCCCUUCACCAGCCUCCUCCUCCUCCUCCUCCUCCUUGCUGUGCCUCUCUCUGGGGCUACAAACCAGUCCCUGCUGCUCCCUGGCUCGCUGCCUGCUGUCCCCCCCCUGCCCCUCCUGCAGGCCCUGCAAGUGCGGGCACCAGGCAGCCGGGGCUGGCAACUGGGGCCAGCAAGCAGACAGCCCCUGCGCUACAUGCUGGAUCUGUACCGACGUGCUGCUGACCGUGAAGGGCGACCACGCCAUGGCCGCAACCUGGGCACCAACACUGUCCGCCUGGUCCAGGCCAGUUCCCACGGUGGUCUACCCUGGGCAGGUCGCUGGUACGUGCAGCCCCUCACCUACCGCCUGGAGGGCCAGUCCAAGGCAGAGCACCUCCUCCGAGCCACUGUGGUCUACCUGCCCAGCCUGCCACUGGCCAGCGGUCGCCUCCUUUGUGCCCUGGAGCUGGCGGCCACCGGUGAGGCACCCGGGUUGCUGCUCAGUCCUGCUGUCCACCCCCGCCACAGUUGGGCAGAAGCAGAGGUCACCCCCUACCUGGUGCCAGGAAACGGCAGCACAGGGAGCCUAGAGCUGCGGCAUGUCUGUGUGCGUGCCGGACGGGCAGGCGGUCAUGAUACCCCAGCGGCUCCCAGCCACCCCUUCCUCCUCCUCUACCUCAACGACACCCGGGCUGGGUUGGCACCUCCAACAGGAGAGCCGCAGAGACACCGGCGUGACACAGGGACGCUGGCCCACGAUCUGCCUGGCUACCUGCGGGAGAAGGGAGGGGAGAAGAGUGACUGCUCCCUGCGCCCCUUCCCUGUCAGCUUCGCCCAGCUGGGCUGGGACCACUGGAUCAUUGCUCCCCACCGCUACAACCCGCGCUACUGCAAGGGUGCUUGUCCCCGCCUGCUCCGCUAUGACUACCACGCACCCAAUCACGCUGUAGUGCAGAGCUUCGUCCAUCAGCUGGUGGAUGCCAACGUGCCUCGGCCGUCCUGCGUCCCCUACCGUUACAGUCCCAUCAGUGUCCUCAUGAUAGAGCGCGACGGCGGCAUCCUCUACAAGGAGUAUGAGAACAUGAUCGCAGAGUCCUGCACCUGCCGGUAA